AUGCAAUUAUUGCAAAGUCUCGCUGUCGCCUUCUGGCUCUUUGGCUUCGUGCGAUGUGCUUUCCGCGACGACUUGAAGGCUGCUAUCGGCAUAACCGAACUGGACAUAGCCAAUACAAAUGACGAUCCGCCGUUUCGCUUUUGGCACAAAGCGAUUCCUGCACCCAAAAGUCAAAUGGAGCUCACGGAUUUAUACACUGAGGCGAGCAAAGCAUUUAACUGGCUCAGGACCCAGCCACAUGCGUUGACGGUGCAGAAGUCCGCAUUAGUAGCUGCAUUUUACGACCACAGAACUAAAAAGGUAUAUAUGUCGACCAUUCUCCGCGGCAAGCUUUUCAAUGAUUAUCUCGAUAAGGAGCUUGGCAAAUCCAUAGCUCCCCUUUGGUAUCAACUGCGAGGCACUGCUAGAAAAGCCGACGCAGAGAACGGUGCAUACUAUUACAGAGAGGAGAUGGGGCCACCAGUCUUAGAUCGCACCUAUGGAAACACGAAAACAGGCAUGCCGGAGGGCAGCAAGAUCGUGGUUUGGGGUGUGCACAAUGGGGAUCGCAAUACUCUCCCCAAAGAAAGCGGGAGACCACUGACUGUUUGUGAAAAAUGCCGAAUCCUCUCGUACAAAUUGGGUGUUGAGUUCGAAGACGCCGAGAUGAAGAGGUACCAACCUCCACCACCACCUCCCGACACCAAGAAGCCCGUAAGCGCCCCUCUGAACAAGGCCGAGGAGCGCCCUGCAACUCCUCCUCCCAAGGCCGCGGGCGACAAGGCACCGUCGUCCGGAGGCUCCUAUGGCGGCUCAGCCGUCGAUAAGGAGUGGAAUCAACAGGAGGAGAACAAGCUGCAGCAGUUGGAAAAAUCCAAGGCCAAGGAGCGCCCUGCAACUCCUCCUCCAAAGGCCGCGGGCGACAAGGCACCGUCGUCCGGAAGCUCCUAUGGCGGCUCAGCCGUCGAUAAGGAGUGGAACCAACAGGAGGAGGACAAGCUGCAGCGGUUGGAAAAGUCCAAGGGUGACAAGCCUUCUAAUAAGAGACCUGCGUCCCAGUCGCCCCCAGAUUCAGGGAAGCACAAACCCCAGGGGCCUACGUCGCCUUCCAAGACGCCUUCCAAGACGCCCGUGGCGUUGGUACACAGACCGGCUGAUGGCUUGGUCGCCGCUCUCCCAGACUUGUUCGCCGCUCUCCAGAACGAUUCGGUCGUCGCUCUCCAGAACGAUUCGGUCGUCGCUCUCCAGGACGAUUGA